AUAAAAAGCCUCAUGUAUCUGGCCAAAGACUGAAAUCCUGUUCAAAUUCAUCAUUCAUUUCAGCGAAAGUCUUUUUGGUAUUACUGGUUUUCUGUGGGAUAUAUAUGCUUCUGAUUGUGAAAGUGUCUGUGAAAAAAUACUGUGUACCUACCAGCAAUCGUCUUAUAUCUGCUUGCAAAUGGAAAAUUUAUUAUAAAGAUCUGACUAAUGGAUUAUUGAAAAUAAGACAAACAAAAGGAAAAUUUUAUAUGGAGAUUGAUGUCACGAAAUCAUGUUUGAUUUCAACAUUAACUUCAGAGAUAAAGGGCAAUAGGACAGUGGACGUAAGUCCUUGUGUGCUGGCGGAUUGCCAGACUUUGAGCCUGCAUGUUGAAUAUAACAUUUUAGAAUUAUGUAAUAAGAGGUAUUGCAAGAAAACGAAGUGCAAGCAUGUCAAUUGUCCAAAAACAACAAACUCAUCGAAAUCAAUUACUCAUACAAUACAAGGUCCUUCGCUUAGCGGUGAUAUACAGAACUGCACCUCUGCUUCGCUUACUUCUGCGAGAAACAUGGGAAUGGUCGGCGGACGUUGGAAACCAACAGACUGUAGACCGACACAUCGUGUUGCAAUCAUCAUACCUUUUAGAGAUAGAGAGGAACAUCUUUGCAUUCUUCUUAAGAAUCUUAUCCCCAUUCUAAUGGUUCAACAAACAGAAUUUAGAAUUUUUGUGAUUGAACAGAUUGGGAAUACAACAUUUAAUAAAGGAAGACUUAUGAAUGCAGGUUUUCUCGAAGCAGGAAGAAUGUUUGACUUUAAUUGUGUUUUCUUCCAUGACGUCGACCUAAUUCCAGAAAAUGAAAGAAAUCUGUAUUAUUGUGGUGACCAACCACGCCAUCUGUCGGUGGCUAUCGACGAAGAUCGUUACAAGUUGAUGUACAGCUGGUUAGUGGGUGGAGUGUUGGGAUUCAGACCAGAAACAUUCCGUAAAGUUAACGGAUAUUCCAACAUGUUCUGGGGCUGGGGAGGGGAAGACGACGAUAUGUACAAUAGAAUACGUCAUUCAAGGUUCCGUUUAAUAAGACCUCCAGAUUCUAUUGCUAGAUAUACAACGAUCCGUCACAAGAAACGGGAACAUUGGACGAAAAGAUUUGAAGUUCUUAAUACGUGGAAAACAAGGUUAAAGACCGAUGGAUUGAGAAAUGUUCCUUACCAACUCAUAUCUUCUCAUAUUUAUACGUACUAUACUAAACUCAGAAUUGAUGUCGGAGUACCGGACUUUCCUGUAGAGGAAGCUAAUUUUACGUUGACAACGGAAAGUAACUUGUAAAGAAUAAAAUGUUAUUGCAUAAUAUUAAAUUUCAGAGUUAAAUAUUUAACUUUACAGCUGUAAAUAUAAUAUGAAACAGGCAUCCAAAAAUGAAAAAAAGACAUUCAGAAAAAUACAAAGAUCAAAAAUUGGGUCGUAAACAGCUAUCCAGAUAAAUUUGAUCUUUCCUUAAAAAUUGUAUUGAAUUUUAAAAACAAACUUGAUUGUUUGCAAGCUAAGAUGAUCAAUGGAAUGCACCAAUAAACGGUCAGAAAUUGU